AUGGAAGAAAAAAAGGGAGUAAAAUGGAGUUGGACAUCAGCGCUAAUCGGAGCCGCCUCCGCCGUAGCCGCCACCUCAAUCCUCUCCGCAAAACCUAAAGACCCAACCUUCCAUCUCAUUUCAAUCAAUUUCACUUCCUUAAAACCCAGCCUCCCUGCCAUAGACGCAGAGGUUCUCCUCACCGUCCACGUCACCAACCCAAACAUAGCUCCGAUUAGCUACUCCUCCACAACUAUGUCUAUCUUCUACGAAGGCUCUCUUCUCGGUUCGGCUCCGGUUCAAGCCGGUUCACAGCCCCCGCGGUCGUGUCAGCUUCUCCGACUCCCCGCCCGGCUUAAGGCGAAGAAGCUAGCGAAACACGCCGGACGUGUUGUGGCGGAUGUGGCUAAGCGGGAGAUGAUACUCGAUGCGGCGGUGGACAUUGCUGGCACCGCUAGAGUCUUGUGGUGGGACCAUAACUUUAAAGUUCGUGUGAAUAGUCAUGUUACUGUUGACCCUGUUUUUCUUGAUGUUAUUGAUCAGGAAAAUACUACACAACUUGAACUCUUUGCAUCAGAUGAUGAGUUGGAAAGUGAAGAUGAAACCGAAGCAGAAGUUGAGGAGUGA